AUGGAAGUAGAUUUCUUAUUUAGUUUAGUAAAACUUUCUAUUGAGUCUGAAAUCCCAGAAUCUUUAAAAGAUCUUGUUUAUGCUGUGGCAAGUAAGCUAUGUUACAUAUUUAGGAUAGAUAAGAGAAAAGAGUUGAAUUACCUCUUUGUAAAUAUUAUUUUCAAUAAGGAGUGGUUUACAGCGGAAAGACGUUUCAAUCUUGUGUCACUGACUGAAGCAGAUGGUUUCUCUAAGGCACUGACUAAUAUUGAAGAUAUAAAAUUGUGUUAUUGUAAAGUUAUAAACUUGAACUAUGUGGAUACUGGGCCAUUUAUUGUAUACAAGCUAUGGCAGAAUCCCAUCCUACCACGUGACUGGAUAUAUUUGCCUAUAUUAUCUUUAUAUAGUAAGAGUCAAGAAACUCCAAGUCCAGCAAUAGUUGGAAAACAUUCUACAAAAAUAAAAGAAAUAGCAACAGAUAAAGAAAAUACAAUUCGCUGCAGCCUAGAAUGGAUUUUAUUCAAUGAAAUAUGUUUUCCAGACCUCUUGAACGAUAUUGAUAUUACAGACAGAUUUUGUCGCAUAAUGUGUGUGUUUUUAUGUGAUAAUUCAUUAUUUCUAGACAAUAAGAUUAAAAUGCUUUUGUCAAAAUGUACACAGUUAUUGUUUAAAAAAGGAAUUAAGUUUGAUUUUGAUAAGGAGUUAGUUGGAUUGUAUAAUUUUCAAGAUUUUUAUACACAGUUUUUAGAGCAGUUUCAAUCAGUUAGUUAUGGAGACCAUAUAUUUGCUGCCUGUCUGUUAGUUCCUUUGGCUCAAAGACACAAUGUGAAAUGGAGAAAACUGGUUUGGUCAGAGUAUGCAGGAUGCUUAAGAGUCCUUGAUUGUCCAGAAGAUUUAUUAUGUUAUGGUAUAGAAGCUUAUCUUUAUCCUGAAGAAACUGACGAAUCUGUUUUAAAAUCAUAUCAUAGGGCUUUGACAUCUAAUUUACUCCGACCCGAAACAUUGGCUUAUAAAAUUGCACAUCAUCAUGUAGAAAGUUAUAAGAAACAAAAAUCUAUGUCUAAUAACUUAUAA